AUGCAUUUCGCUAUACCUCCCGAGUACCAAUCAGAACUAGAGGCAACCGAACCUGUUGACCCUAGACCCGACGAAGAGAUUCUUUCCUCUAUGGAGCAGUACAGGCCUGUAACAUCCGAGAAGAACAUCUGGGCUUUUUGGGAUUCAGGUCUGCGUGCCAUUCCCUCCUGGUGCCAGCGAAAUGUCAUCGGUUGGGCGCGCAUUUGUGGGCCUGAUUGGACCAUCCGAGUGCUUGAUAUGGUGCCCAAUUCUCCCAAUCACGUCCUGAAGUUUGUUGACAGGGAGAUGUUGCCUGAGGCGUUCUUGAGCGGAACCAUGGAUGGCCACCAUGCAGGGCAACAUUCUGCUGAUUUCAUUCGGGGUCCGCUUCUGCUACGCUACGGGGGUGUAAGUAUGGACGUGGGGUGCCUUCUUAUCAGGCACAUCGAUCGCAUUUGCUGGGAUUUGCUUGAGGAUCCAGAUUCGCCGUACGAGAUCGCGGUGCCGGUUCUGUAUGACCAGACGAUCGCUAAUCACUUCGUUGCCGCUCGGAAUAACAACGUCUUCAUAGAGAAAUGGCACAAGCUGUACCUGCACUUGUGGAAGGGUCGAACCAACCAGCAAGGUCUCAGCGACAGUCCUCUGCUGGAAUUCAUCAAAGAUAUACGCUAUGAUGACGCCACGGACUUUCACUGGGACUGGAGUGUGCCAGUCUCUCAAUUUCUAGAGUACAUUGCGCAGGUUUUGUGCUGGCAACGCUUGUGCUUGAUUCGUGACACGGGCGAUGGCUUCAAAAGUUCUGAAUACUGGCAGUGCAACAUUCUCUGCAUUGAUGCGCUCAACGAGGUCUGGGGCGGCGAGAAGAUCUUGGGCUUCGAUGGCAUUGGGCCUCGAAUGUACAAUCUCUUGACUAUUCGUCUUGAUGCGGAUCCGGAUUCGGCAGCCUACAAGGAUGCGUACAAGCUCGUAUGGCGAUUGUUGACCAAAUCAAGCUUUCAAAAGGUGACACGGGCGAAGAAUCUGACGCACACACCGCAUCUUGGAACGUUGUGGGAUCAGAACGAGGGACAGGAUUGUGUGCCGGGAUCAUUUGGAGAGCUGCUACGGUACGGAGCGGUACACUUCCGCCAGAAGCGUGAGAACAUCGAGCAGAAGGAGGCCCGUGAGCCCAGAACUUUCAUAGAGAAAGGGCUCUUGGAGGCCUAG